AUGGCGGAUGAAACUAGGAAAAGGAUCGAGGCAGCGAGAUUAAUGCGAGAAGCUGCAAAACUUCUUGAAGAAUCAAAUAAAGAUUCGGCACAGCAAACCGAAAGAACCACGUCGGAGGAAUUAAGCAAACUUUUUGCUCCAUACCGAAGAGAAGCAACAAGUAAUCGACAAACAGUUCAGGAAGCGAAACCACCAAAACCCAAGAGACAACGAUGUAGUUGGGUUCCAAUGUUUAACCCGUUGCCAACAUGGACUCAUCGAUUUUGCCUUCUAUCUGAUAAAAAUGCAAACAUUGCUCCAAACAUAACCGAAAAAGAAAAGUUAAAGGCAAUGGGGCUUGGGAAAAACGGCUAUUCAAUACCCUAUUUACGGGAUGAAUCACCGUUGAGACAGGCAGUAGCCUAUGUUCGCCCUCUGCAAAAAUCUAUUGACACAAUAAAUACAUGCGAAGUUGAGGCAAAUGAAGCAAUUAGUGGUGCCAAUGAUACAGAUGGACCAACUGUACCAUGCCUUAAAUGUAAUAUGCAAAUAAAAAUUGAUGAAGAGUCUAUGUUAACUCAUCAACGUUUUCAUAUUGAGGAGGAAGAGCAAGAAACUCAAAAUUUAUCUGAUAACAAAAUUGAUGGAGAUGAAGAAAAAAUCAUUGAUCACACUGGUGAUGACACUUUAACCCAAGAGAUAAAUAGAAUGCAAGAAAUGUUUCCAAAUGCACAGAGGCAAACUUUGUUGGAAACACUGAGGGCAAAUGACUAUUCGACAGAAGAUGCAGUAUCUGACCUCUUAGGUUUAACUGAUGAUACCUGUAAAUCAUCAACUGCGUCAUCAAUUGAUGGGCAACUUGCAGCCUAUGCAAAGAAUGUAGACAAGGACAAUAUCAAGAUAUUGCACGUAGAAAGAGAAUGCCUGUGGGAAAGAGCACUGAUUUUUUAUAAAUGUACAGAACGCAAAGAUUUAUACCGGCAUCUCAGUAUAGUAUUCGAAGGCUAUGAAGAUGCAAUAGACGGUGGUGGUUUAAGGAUCGAAUUCUUUGGUGAUCUCAUUAGAUGCAUGAGUAAUCGCUUGUUUGAAGGAGAAGAUGGUCACCUUGUUCCAAGACAUAGCUGGGACAAUGUUAAUCUCUUGCGUAUGGGGGGCCUUAUGCUGGCACACUCUAUACUUCAACAAGGCCCCGGUAUGCCAUCAUUAGCAAAUUACAUCUACGAUUUUCUUGUGUAUGGUAACAAAGAAAAGUCGGUUUCAGCUAUCAAGCUGGAUGACCUUCCGAACACUCCACAGAAUUCCGAUUUGACAGAAUUCUUAAAAAAGAUUGAAGAUUGUACAGAUGACGAGGAGCUUUCAAAUUUACUUGACGAACCUAGAUUUUCUUCCAUUGUUGAUAGAUCUGGAUGGCCUGUGGGGAGGGUUUUAAGUAUAAAGUCUCGAGUAGAUUUUAUUAGUCAAAUCCUGAUCGAGGAGCUGUAUGCUGCGUUUGAGAAAGUUAUGUUAGCCAGCCUACGUCAUGCGUCGUGUUCGUUUUCUGCUUCUCGGUGA